UUGAUCACCACAUGCCCAGGGGUGACCUCCCUCUUCCCAAUUCACAGCAGAGUGGGAGCAAGCGUCAUGAAUAAUCAAAAAAUGGUGGCCAUCCUAUUGCAGGAAUGCAAGCAAGAGCUGGAUCGGCUCUCUCCAGAGGUGGAGGACCAAUCCAAGGAAACUGCAAACAGGCAUCAGCAGAAUGGAGCUUUGCUCCCUGAUGAUCUGAAGACCCUCAUCGAAGAGGCAAAGGAAAUGAAAUGGCCCUUCGUGCCAGAAAAGUGGCAAUACAAACAAGCCGUCAACCUUGAAGACAAAACAAACCUCAAAGAUGUGAUUAAUGCAAGACUUCAUGAAUUACUGGUUUGUUUAAAAAGCUCCAUUACUGUCAGGGACUACUCGACAGCCGCUGCUAUUGUGUUCCUCAUUGACCGAUUCUUGUACUGGGUGGAUGGCUCCAGCCAGCUCCUCCAGAUUGCCAAAAGGCUGCACAAGCUUCAACCUACAACACCAAUUGCCCCUCAGCUGGUGAUUCGCCAGGCCCGCGUCUCUGUAAAUGCAGGUAAACUAUUAAAGGCCGAAUAUAUCCUUAGCAGUCUUAUUAAUGACAACGGUGCAACAGGAGUGUGGAAGUAUGCUCAGGAAAGUGAUCGGAUCCUUGUUCAGUCAGUCUGUAUGCAAAUCAGAGGACAAAUUUUGCAGAAGCUGGGAAUGUGGUAUGAGGCAGCACAGCUGAUUUGGGCCUCAAUUGUAGGUUUUUUCACACUUCCACAGCCAGAUAAAAAGGGGAUUGCAUCAUCCUUGGAUAUUUUAGCUGACAUCCUUGUCUCCAUGAGUGAAAAUGAUUAUGACAGUUUUAAAAUCAAUGCUCAGGUUGACCUGAACCUUCUUAAAGAGUUUGACCAUCGUUUACUGUCAGCUGCUGAAGCUUGCAAGCUGGCAGCUGCCUUCAGCCAGUUCACACCACUGUUCGUGCUCACAGCCAUGAAUAUUCGUGGAACAUGUUUGCUAUCUUACAGCUACUCAAAUGCAUGCCCAUCAGAGAAGCAAAAAUUCUAUUUGUUAGAGGCCAAGGAGUCCUUUGAAAUUGGCCUCCUUAGCAAGAAGGAUAAAGAGCUAGUUACCAGCAAACUGGAACUUCACAGUUUUGUCAAAGCAGCUUUCUGCCUAACAAAAGUACAUCAGAAGUUAUAUGGGGAAAGCAUGAUACUUAAUCAAGUCAGCCAGUUAUGCCAGGAAGCCUUGGAGAAGCUGUAUAGGUAUGGUCAUUCACCACACCCCAAAGACCAAGACAAGGAAAUGUUUGCCAAGGAGAUCAUGUGGUUGAUUAUGUCUGUGAAGGACCAACUGCAAGUGCUGGCUUUCCCAAAUUCAGAUGCCAAGUCUUAUGUUCCCGAUAGCUACAAAAAGGAAGUAGGGAGGCAGAUUGUGAAUGGUGAACAAAGCUUUCAGAAAAUCCUCAAAGUGUAUUCCCAGCAUCAUGCAUCUAUCUGUGAAGUUUUUGAAAAUACUUGCAAGAGCCAUAAGAUGAGAAAAGGAGAAGGCAAAAUGGGACCCUGUAUUACAGCCUUGAAAACUGAAACUAGAAAUGCAGACACUGUGUGUGCCACAGAAGAAAGGUCACAUCAUAGGAAAGACCCUGUGAAGAUUCCAGAUUCCCAAAAGGCAAGGAAAGGUCAUGAGGGUCUGAAGAGCCCAAUGCGAAAGAAAUUAUCUCGAGUACCUGUAGUGGAUCUCUCCCUUGAUGAAGAGAUGGAGAGUGAACCAUCUGAAAGAGCUGAAAGCAAUGUUGAUGGUGCUUCAAGCCCAUCCCCAAGCAGAGGUGAAAUGACUAGUUCCCUGCGAUCUUGGAGCAAAUUAUCCAAGUCUAGUUCCUUUACUAGUUGGGAAGAGGUGGAUAACAAUAAAAGUGAAAUACCACAAGAAAAGGAAACAAAAAUAAAAGGCUUCACAGGUAAGAGUCAACAUCACUCAGCAGUCUUGACUGAGGUUGUUGAAGAAAAUGCUGAAGAUUGCAACCUUGAUUUGUUGUCUUCCAAAACUCAUAAUCUCUCUCUUCAAGAUACUCAAAACAACUGUACAAGUUCUUUAAAACAUCCCUUUAACAAAAAUACAGCUUUAGCUAAUAAACAAGCAGAAUCAUACUCACUUUUCAAAGAAGGACAUUUCAAGGGAACAGAACAUGAAGAGAAUGCUUCAAAACACUCCCUUACAGAAGCCAAUAGUGCUGCCAACAAGAAUGGCUGUGAUUCGUCAAGUAAUUGCAUAAUUCCUUCUUCUAAUGGACUUUCUUCUUCUAAACAAGAUCAGUUUGGAAUGGUUAUCUCCUCUUCAGUAAUGGAUUCCAACAGUGGGGGAAAAAGCACAGAAGAUCCUGACAGCAGCAAACAAGUGAUAGAACCAGGAUCAAGAAAUCACUGGCCAUUGGUUGACCCAGUAGAAACGGUAGACAUAACCAAAGAUGCACCAGUGAGGCCACAUCUACCUAGUAACAGCAUGACAUCUGCUUCCAUGCACAGUGCAAUCAAAGCAGAACGUGACAAUUUUGUACAAAAUUGGCUUAAUAAAUCUGUUGCAACAACAGCUGCAGGGGCCUCAUUUGAAAUGCCUGCAAUUGACUCCCAAGCAGAUACAGUAAAUGACUUGGAAUUUGUUUUUGGCAGUGAAAGGCAGUUUGUAGGUAACCACACUGACAUGAACAUAAGAAGGGAUCAGCCAAGUCAACCAGAGACUCCAUCAGGGAGGAACAAAUCAUUAGUCAAUCAAUUUAGUGAUUGUGCUACCACUGAAGAAGCUGAAGGUGAAAAACGAAGGCCCUUUUUGACCAGCCAUCACAGCUCGAGUUCCCUGAAAUCAUGGUGUAAGUCAUCCCAGUUUUCCAGCAGUUUUUCCGAACUGGAGAAUUCCUCAUUUUUGAACUCUAGUGGGAGUUCUUUCUGCUUUAUAGGAAAGACCAAAGAACAAGUCCUCCAAGCUCGCAACUUGAGCAACGAGGACUAUGAGAGACUUUUGUCAGGAGCAGAACAUACUUGGCUAGUGGAGAGACUGAAGAAUACUGGUCUCUUUAAGCCAAAAUUUCUCCAUAAAGCAUACUCUGCUCUUCUUUUGAAAUACUCUAAGAAAUCUGGCUUAUGGACAGCCCAGGAAACAGCUGUAUAUAUUGGAGAUUAUCUAAAUGUGGCAAAGAAAGGCAGGCAAAGGAAUGCUUUUUGGAUACACUUUCUGCACCAAGAAGAGACUCUAGGGAGGUACGUUGGGAAAGAGUAUAAAGAAGAAAAGGAGCUCCUUCACCAUUUCAGUGAUGUAGAACGGCAAAUGACUGCCCAGUAUUAUGUAACAGAGUUCAAUAAAAGACUGUAUGAGCAAAACAUCGCCACACAAAUCUUCUACAUCCCAUCAGCAAUACUGUUGAUACUAGAAGGUAAAUCUAUACAAGGAUGUGUGAGCGCAGAGCCUUAUAUCCUGGGAGAGUUUGUGAAGUUAUCUAAUAACACCAAAGUGGUAAAAUCUGAGUACAAAGCCACUGAAUAUGGACUGGCCUAUGGCCAUUUCUGCUAUGAGUUUUCUCAUGGCUCAGAUGUGGUGGUUGAUUUACAAGGUUGGGUGACCGGCGAUGGAAAAGGCCUCAUCUAUUUAACUGAUCCCCAGAUCCAUUCCCUUUCUCAGAAAGAGGCAUCAUGCCUGACAAACUUUGGGAAGAAAGGGAUUUACUAUUUCUUCAACAAUCAGCACACAGAAUGCAAUGAAAUCUGCCAUCGUCUUUCAUUGGCAAGACCAGUGGAAAAGCCAAGUAGACUCUGAAUAAAGAUCAGGGCCUUUCCCCAAGAAACACUUCAGUCACAUUUUGUACUUCCUGCAUCUACACCAUGCUAAUCAAUCAGAGCCCUCUAAUGUUCUCUAAUGUGUAACAUUGUAAUAUUCCUAGCAAUACUACCCUUUACCAUUCUUGAAAACAGUAGAGACAGCAUCCUCAGGAGCAAAAUCUACAGGAUAUAGUCCUCUGUAAAAUAAAAAAAAGUGCAA